AUGAUAUCAGGACUGAAGCAACGACAACUCAGUGAAGAAUCAGCAAGAACAGAAUCCAAAACUGAUGACGAGUCAUCUCAGGUGGCCGCCCUACUUGACAAUCAGCCUAAUGCAGCAACCACCUUGAUACCGCCACAAGACUUGGAUCAACCAAAAGUCUCUAAACUGAAGUAUCUCUCGCCCCCAUCCUUCCGACCUCUUGAGGCACAGAAUGAUGUUUGGCAGCGCUUGGAAAACACGUCACCCCAAGCUGAACCCUUCGUUUUACCAAGUAUAAGAAGACCGAAUGACACGACCGGUACCUUUCAGUGGGACUAUAAUGACUUGAUAGCCUCUAGAGAGCUGGAACCUAACACUUCAAACAACUACGGCUCCGUGUCGGAGAUGCAAGAUUAUUCAUUUGCCAUACCGUCAAACAGCCAUGCUUUGACCGCGUCAACGCAGCCAGAUCAGACGGAGGUAGAUGAAAACCAUGGGGAGAGAGAACGGCAGACAAUCAUCCCACCCGCGCCGUUCCUAUUGAUCAAUCAUAUUCGUUUACGUGAUAUGACAUUCCUCGCAGCCACUCUCGCAAUCGCAGCCUCAAUUGGCGUUACCUCUGAAGACUAUCUUAACGACAGACCUUCUCCCUUUUACAUAUUCAGCAACGCCACUUCUGUACAAACUGCAGCACGCUAUUUCGAGCAAACUGUGAAGCCUCACCUUCGACCAAGCCUGACUCAACUCUCUCAGCCACAUGCCUCAUACCUCGACUUGAUCAUCUUUCCCGAGUUCAGAGAGCGUGCGGUCACUUUCGCUACCAACGAUCCUUGUCUAUUGGAUCAGCAAGAAUUGUUCAAUGAUAUGAUAUCAGGUGGCUUGACCUGCUGGGGGAACGCUGACAAUGGCGUUGGCACCCGAGGCAACGGAGUACCCUGGGAUAUGAGAAGCUGGGAGGCAAAACCAUGGUUUACGAGGAAAUGGUGGUUUUUACUUAAAGAAGAUAAUGAGAUGCAAGAUGCCUCAAAUUGGUGGCGGCAAAUGCGUGGAGAUGAUGAAAAUGAGAUUUUCUUAUAG